UCCCCACCGCCCUCCGCCACCCACGGCCUACCGCCCUCGUUACCGCGAGAAGAUGGCCUUCAUUCACUUCUAGAGCUUCACACAUUCCACGCAGCCCUCUAGCACCCUGCUCAUGGCGACCGACCGCGGUGUCUCGCCGGCUCGAGGGAGGUCGAUCAGCCCCCGGCCCAUGAGCCCCAUCGACGACGAUUCCAGCAUCAUCGACGGACUUCCUACCCGCCAGCUCGAAGCUUUUGGACGAAAAGUCACCGCCACCGCCGGCCACUUGAUAGGAGCACCAUUAGGAGAGGGAGGCGUGAGCCAGCACUACCAGACCGCACUCGGCGACCUCCACCGCGAACUACGACGGCCCAUGCUGCAACGCUCAGUGUUCUCGUUCGCGCAGACUACACCUCGGGACAUGGUGCGGCAGAGGAUAUCCGUGCCAGAGAUACAGCAUCGUGCGCUCACGUUCCUCCCUGACGAUCUUCUUGCCAAUAUCCCAGAGGACAACAAUGUAUACUCGCUUUUUGAAGGCUUCCAGGCUUCGAUGCCGGAAGACGAGCAACAACGGAGAAGGCAUGGGGGUCGUGGUUUACGGGGGCAGAAGUUAUUAGGGGAGGCCGAAGACGAUACGAACUUGCCUCCGUCGCUUGAGAAGCUGAUCAACGAGAGAAACAGUAUGAACCACCGGCUGGAGAUGAUGGGCGUGCGAAAACACAUGUGUGCGGCUGAGAUUCACGAAAUCGACAACAAAAUCGCCAAUCUGAACACCAUGCGCAAGAUGGUUCUAGACCGGUUAGGUAGCUUGGAGAUGGAGGAAGCCGAUCUGGAGCAUGAUCUUCUGGAUGUGGACAAUAAGCUGGAAGAUCUGCAAGAAGAGCUAGAAGACGCCGCUGCUCUGGCAAAGGCACCUAGCAUGGCUUCAAGUCCAGACACAGCAUCUGGAGAAUUCAUGUCCGAGUCGAUAUACGAAAAACUACCUACAUCGCCGAAGAGUAAGCGGCGGCGUGUGACGAAGAGAGUGACUAUGCCGAUAUUACACGAACAUUUGGAACCUGGAUCGAAAAUCAGAGAGCUACCUGCUCACAACGAUGUUAUCACCGCGCUGGAUUUUGAUGUGCCAUGGGGGACAUUAGUGACAUCCGCACUGGAUGACACCGUAAGGGUCUGGGAUCUCAGUGCGGGAAGAUGCAUAGGGCUUUUGGAAGGUCACCUCUCGUCGGUGCGAUGCUUGCAGGUGGAAGACAACAUUGUAGCAACAGGCUCCAUGGACGCUUCCAUUCGUCUUUGGGAUCUCAGCAAGGCAGAAUACGCACCGCAAGAUAACCGGAUAAACAAAGAGGGCGAAGAGGAAGACGACGGCUUGACAUUUGAAAACUCAGAAGAUGCGCCACCCCCUCCUCCCCCAACUAUAAUGCAGGAUUGUCCUCUGUUCUCUCUGGAAGCUCACAUGGACGAAGUCACUGCCCUCAACUUCCGUGGAGACACCCUGGUAUCAGGAUCAGCAGACAAGACGCUCCGGCAAUGGGAUCUGGUCAAGGGACGUUGCGUCCAGACUCUCGAUGUCCUCUGGGCCGCGGCACAAGCUUCGGCGGCCUUGAAUGCAAACAGCAGUCAAUGGCGCCAAACAGGUCGUCUUCCAGACGCAGAAGCAGACUUUGUCGGAGCCCUGCAAGUCUUCGACGCAGCACUAGCAUGCGGAACCGCGGACGGCAUGGUCAGACUCUGGGAUCUACGAAGCGGACAGGUUCAUCGCAGUCUUGUAGGCCAUACUGGACCAGUCACUUGCCUGCAAUUCGACGAUGUGCACCUUGUCACCGGAAGUUUGGACAGAAGUAUUCGCAUUUGGGACCUCCGCACCGGCUCCAUCUACGACGCCUAUGCCUACGACCGACCUGUCACAAGCAUGAUGUUCGACGAGCGCCGCAUCGUCUCCGCCGCCGGCGAGGACGUCGUUAAAGUUUACGACAAAACCGACGGGCGGCACUGGAACUGCGGGCCAGGCGUUGGCGCCGAUGAGGACGCGGGCGUGCUUUCGACGAUUGAGAUGGUGCGUAUCAAGGACGGGUACAUGGUUGAAGGGCGGAAGAAUGGCAUGAUCGGGGUUUGGUCGUGUUGAGCAAGGGGUAAGGGUGUGUAUAUACGUCUUGUUCCUCGAGGAGCUAGGGCUGGGAGGUGUAAAAUAGAGCAUUGUUCGCGGCUAGACUUGGAUGGCGUGGGGAAGCGGGAUGUAGUAUUAGCAGGCUUGAGGAUGGCAAUACAAUGCCUCGUCAUAGAAAUCCGUACACUCGUUUACCGCUGCGUGAGGAGCUUCAUGGUAUUUUCAGCAGUCCAAAUAAGAGCGAAGUUCGGCAUUUUGGACCACUGGUAAACUCGCGAGGCCACCCCAGACAGCGGCAACAGGGAGUACGCAGAUUGGAAGUGUAUCCGCUG